CACACACAACUUAAUAACAGCAUACGACAUCGACGAGGCGACGCAUCACUCGUCGGGCCGGAACGGCCGCGCCCAGACCGCCUCCUGAUCAUCGAUGCGCUUCGCGAGGAUCACCUCGAGGCACGUCCUGUCUUCGGAGAGGGCCCAGGUGCACUCGCUCGCGACGACGGGGCCCUCCAGGGUCCUCGCGACGACCGCGGCACCCUCCAGCGACACCGAUAGUUUUUGUGAACCGAACUCGACUUUCAUGGCUUUCGCCGACGGCGCCGCCCGCGGCAACUUCACAUCAACCUCCAUGCGCUCGGGCGUCUCGCGCCAUAGCCACCUUUCUGGAGUCUCCCCAUCAAUACUGCCGCCGGUCGGCCAGUACGUCUGUCGUUCGGGCUCCUUGUCGUCCGGCACGACGUCGUCCAACAGGUCUUCUUCCAUGUCGUCGAGCAGCGCCUUCUCCUCGACCGUCUCCUCGCGCGCGUCGCCCCUUUCUCUCCUUUCGGCGGCAAGCUCGAGCUCCCUCCUUAGUACAUCGUCGUCGUCGUCGUCGACCCGAUCCGCGCCGAACACCUCGACGCCCGCCGCCCAGUCCCUUACAUUUAACAGCUCGAGCUCGAACACGACGUGCGCUUGCGCGGGAACGUGCGGCUCCGCGCCGUCGCCGAAGGCCCAGUCCGGCCCCGCCAGGAUCUCCACCCGAUCCUGGGGAGCCAUCGUCGCCACGCAGGCGUCCCAGGCCCGCGUCGCUUCGCCGGACCCGCCGCCGAGCGUGAAUUCUAACGUGCUGUUCGGCUGCAGCGCCCCUAUCCUCUCGCCGCGGCACCACCAGUUGCCCUGCUUCUCGGCGAGCCAGGCCGUCCAGCGCACGCUGCACUCGGCGCCCGGCGGCGGCUUCGGGCCUCCUCGAGGUGGCGUAAGCCGUCGAACGCAGCACGCGCCCUUGCCGUUCGAGAGGUCUUCCCAGCCUUGCGGUGCGGCCCUUGGUGCCGUGAUGCGUUUUCUGGGAGUGUGGUGGAAGGCCUGGGCCGCCUGCGUUGCGCAGAGGAGCGCUGCUGCUGCUGCUCUUGCUCUCAUAGCUCACACAGCUGCAAAAUCGUGCCGGUUUUCGUUGCAGCUCUUGUAAUUCGAGUAAUUGUACGCGAUAAUUGAGCUCUGUGCAGUGAGUACAGUCCAGCGGCGGCUAAUUGCGCGCGGCCAAGUGCCUCUGCAGCAG